GUUUAAAAGGUUGCUGCGCAGUGUGCGGUAAAGGAUGGUAAACAGAGGUUCGUUGACUUAAGUAAAUGAAAGUACGUUUUUAGCUGGAGGUACAUAAAAAAAAUCUAUUUCAGUAUAAUUUCUGUUAAAAUGACAAUAAACAAAAUGUGGCUAGCUUAAAGUAUAUCGCCUCAGCAAUGUAAAUAUAGUAUCAAAAUAUAUUUAAGUCGUUUUUAUUUGGCAUCACCUGCUAUGGACCUGUCAUUGCGCACUUGCAAAAAGUUUGUCCAUUUGGACCUAAAAGGGGCUCCUCCUAGAAUUGGUUACUUCAUUGAGUUGAUCCAGUUAUUUGCUGAUCUUGGUGCCAAUGGGUUGCUCAUUGAAUAUGAGGAUAUGUUUCCUUAUGAGGGAGAGCUGCAAGUUCUUCAGUCUAAAUCUCAGCCUCCAUACAGCCGAGAGGAGAUUGCGUCUAUCCAGGAUGCUGCCAGUAGCAGAGGGCUGGAGAUCAUUCCGCUGGUGCAGACGUUUGGACACUUGGAAUUUGUCCUGAAACAUAAGGUGUUCAGAGAUCUGCGGGAGGUGGACUGCUGUCUGGGCACCUUGAACCCAAACUGUGAUCGAGGAGUCAAGCUGGUCCAAGAAAUGCUAAAGCAAGUCAUGAAGCUCCACCCUAAUAGUACCAGCUUACACAUCGGAGCCGAUGAGGUGUACAUGCUCGGUCUCGGUGAUGAAUCCAAACAAUGGUUAACUGCUCCAGGUCGAAAUGUUCACCAGCUGUUCCUCGGUCAUGUCCUUAAAGUGGCAAAAAGCAUUCAGGAGAGUUUGCCCAAUCUUAAAUUGAUUAUGUGGGAUGAUAUGCUCAGAUCCAUGACUUCUGAAACUAUCAAAGAAAGUGGUCUUGUUGGAUUAGUGCAGCCAAUGUUGUGGGAUUACAGCCCUACUCUGGAUGUCAAUAAUGCUGUUGCGCUGAUGGAGCUAUAUAAGUCUGCUGGUAUGUCACAACAAUGGGCCGCCAGCUCUUUUAAAGGCUCGACCACCGUCCACACCUGCGUAACUGGGACUCAGAGACAUGUGGACAACCAUCUACAGUGGCUCAAUGUAGCAUCGAAUCUGUCAGCUGGCAUCAAACUACAGGGAAUUGCUCUAACUGGAUGGCAAAGGUAUGACCACCUGUCCGUUUUGUGUGAGCUGAUGCCUUUGGGUUUGCCCUCUUUGGCAUCGUGUUUGCAAACUCUUCAGCACGGUAGCUUUACUGAAGAGGUGCAAAAGAAAGUAAUUGAGACACUUGGCACUGUGGAAGUAGCAGACACAGAAAGAUUAUCUCCCAGGACGUCUUCUACCUUUGGUGGGGCGAAACUAGCUGAACUCAUAGUAAAGUUGACAUCUUCGCUGGAGUCUGCAGAGCUGAGACAUUUUCAGAACAACAUGUUUGUGAGAGGCUGGUUUACUUCUUACCAUAUUCAGAAGAAGACUGUUAACCCACUUAUUGCACAACAGAUUAAAACACAAGCAAAAAUGUUUCUUGAUGCUGUGGAGAUCCAGGUGGUGGAGGUGAGGGCUGAAAUGCGUCUGCUUUAUUCGGACUCUACGGUCCAGGAAUGGAUGGAUCAACAUGUUACCCCAGUUCUGGAGCCGCUGCACAACCUGCUGAGAGACAUUGAUAGAGUUUUACAGGAAAUGGGACUCUGUAUUUAAUCAAUAUAAUAGAAGCUGGACAAGUUUUGUUUAAAAACUUUCCAUCCUGGUUAGAUGUUUGCUUAAAUGAUCAUUUAAAGCAGAUUUAAACAACUGAGAUGGCUUGUUUUUGUGAAUUUUAGAUAUUGUAUUGUUUCAAAACAAAAACAAAAAUGCUUGUUUGUAAUAUAAAUGUACUGUAACAUUAAAGUUGUCACUUAUUGUAUCCUUUUAA